AUGGCGAUCCAGACGAUCGAAGGCAUCAUCACCAAGGCGGGCGUGAUGGCCAAGACGGUCACAGUCACAGUGGAGCGCCGCUUGAUACACCCCAAGCUGCUCAAGCCGUUCAUCCGCCACAAAAAGUACCUGGUGCACGACGAGCAGAACUCGCUGUCGGUGGGCGACAAGAUCGUGGCGUCGGCGUGCAGGCCGCUGUCGGCACGCAAGCACUUUACGCUGCUCGACAAGGUGGGCACCGAGGCCGAGGCGGAGGCACGCCGCGCCAAGGCUGCGAGCUACAUGUCGGCAGAGGACAAGGAGAAGGGCCGCAUCGAACAGCUCGUCAAGAACGAAAUCGCCAAGCGCGCCGGCCCCGGCGGCUCGAGGUGA